CAGGUCGACGAAGCAUUUCGUGGACAAUCGCGGGUUCCGGAUCUGCUUUACUGCACAGCUGGAGGCAAUCAUGCCGAGAAUGGUUUCUUCGCAGACAUUCCCACUACUGCCCUCCAGAGUUGUAUGAGCAAUAAUUAUUUCUCGUCCGCCUUUGCUGCAAAGUCGGUCCUCGGCAUCUGGACUGAAGACGACAAGCGCUGUUCGAAUGUGGUCGGCCUGGUCCGGCGUGAGCGGAAGAUCGUCUUCAUCAGCAGUGCUGCGGCUUUCGCAUGUCUUCCAGGCUCGGCCGCCUAUUCUCCGGCCAAGUGCGCACAGCGGUCGUUAGCGGAUACUUUACGCAUCGAGCUUCUGAGAGAAUGCUGUCCGCAGUCGCAGUACUCAAUGCAUUGCGCAUUUCCAGCGGACUUCGUUUCUCCUGGAUUCAUCGAAGAGCAGAAAACCAAGACUCUCCUUACGAAACAGAUGCAAGGCCUCGACAAACCACUCGCCGAACUCAUGACCAGCUUUCCAUCGUCCGAAAAAGUGGCGACUCUGGUCAUCGCUGCGGUAGACAGAGGCGACUUCAUCAUCUGCGAGGAUUCGCUGUCUGCUUCCGCUUUGUUCACGGCGAUGAGUGGACCAUCGCCCAAGAGAGGCUUGGGAAUCGCCGAUGGGCUUCUUUCAAUCAUUGUGAACUGGAUCGCGUGGCCAUAUUUGCGACGGAAGUGGCAGGGCAUGACAAAGAGGAGCGGAAACCAGACGCCGCUUCGCUCUCCACCAAGCUGGAAGGCCAGAUUGAGCUGGAAACUUAUUGGAAGUCUUCACCGGCAAUCGACAGAGGUUCGAGCCUGA